UACUAGAUCUAGGUUUAAACCAGUAGGCUAAGCUAUGUCCGAUCGUAUCAAAGUGGUUUUAGAUGUAGGGGGUCAAUGGACCCGCGCUGGUUUCGCUGGGGAGCCUUCCCCGAGGGCGGAGUACCCAUCAGUGGUUGGACGAUUUCGAAGAAGCGAACUGUUAGAUGGUUUCCCUGAUAUUUACUGUGGUCGUGAGGCUGUGCUCAAGAGAGGGAUAUCGCAUUUGUCCUGGCCAAUGCAAAAAGGACUCAUACAGGAUUGGGAUGAACUGGAGAAGUUACUGCACCACACGUUCUACAAGGAGCUGCUGGUGGCCCCUGAAGAGACGAAGGUCAUGUACGCGCUGCACCCGCUCACACCAGGCAAGGACAAAGAACAGAUGGCAGAGUUACUCUUCGAGACAUUUAUAGUGGAUGCCAUAUACCUGGCCCAGACUCCGGCGCUGGUCACGCUGGCGAGUGGGAGAACCACUGGUCUGGUCUGGGAGAAUGGCUACUCGUGCUGCUACGCCGCUCCUGUUUUUGAAGGGUUCCCUCUAAAGCAUUCGAUAGUGACUUCUCAGCUAACCGGCCAAGCAAUUACUGGGAUCUUGCUGGAUUUGAUGAAGAAGAUUGGCUACUCUUUCACUACACCUACGGAGAUAGAGCUCGCGGAGAAGAUUAAGGCAAGCACAUGCUACGUAGCGACAGAUCUAGAAUCAAUCCAGGCCUCCAGGAUGGCUGACGGCGACACCAAAGUUCGCUACCAGCUGCCAGACGGCCAGCACAUCAUUUUGGACGAGGAGAGGUUCAUAUGCCCCGAAGUCCUCUUCCGACCUUCGUUGCAGGGGCUGGAGUGCCCUAGUAUCGUUGAUGAUAUAUGUAAAACUAUCAGCCGGUGCGAUAUUGACUACCAGCCUAUGUUUUAUGAAAAUAUCGUGCUUUCUGGUGGCGGUAGCCAGCUCGCCGGCAUAGACAAGCGUAUAAAUCGGGAGCUUUUAUUGAGAGUCUUGGAACAGCCAAACUACAGGGUAACAGUAGACGCCAUAGAGUCCCGUCAGCACGCCACCUGGCGUGGCGGAUCGAUGUUGGCGUGCAUGGACGCCGUGAAGGGUUGUUAUUUGACUAAGGAAGAAUACGAGGACUCGGGCACUGGGAGGGUUAGGCAGAAGUUUUACUGAAUAAACUAUUAAACAUUG